GAUGAUCCCUGGCUAUGGAAUACAGACAGGCUAGUCGCCAACCUAUGUCACUCGCCCAUGAUAUUUUUCAUGGCAUCGCAACCUGCCGAGAACAUUCCGGAUAGCUCAGCUCUUGAAACAGAACUACGAGCGCAAAAAAUAACAGGAAGAAUGCUACUUACUUCAUUUGGGCUGGAAGAAGUAGUAAUGCAGAAUAAACUCAACAUACCUUCUAUGAGCCACCGGUUUGCUCUAUACUGGGCAACAGAACUCCUCCGAGGAGAAUCAGAUGGCUACAAUAACCAGCAACUGGCCAAUUUGCUCAAUAAAAAAGCCCAAAAUCCUCCUUCAAUUGCACCAACCACUCGAAGCCCACAUAUAGCGUCCAAUCAACGGGGGACUGAACAAAAACGAAGCAGAGUUGAGAUCGUCCCAGUCGAACCAGUGCGCCAAGCGCUGCAGACGCAGACGCAUCAUACGUCGAACGAGUUUGACCAUCUUCUACGAUGGCAAAACGCAGAUGAAGAUGACAAGGUGAUCGAUUUUGCUGCCGAAGACAGCCAAGAGGACGCUGAUUCCAUCACUGCAGAUGGAGAAGAUGAAGGUUUAGACGAUCCACUCGAACCUGACGAGGUACAAGCACCAUCUAGUCGAACCAAGCUCCCUGCUGAGCAAAUCGUCAAUAUCAUCAAUGAGUGCAUCGAUGCCUACAGCAAAUCCUGGAAACCAAAUGCAGGCGUCCCCUGCGGCGAGGAAGUCGACUACGAUGUCGACGCCAUGUGGGACGAGGCAGAAGCCUCGGGACAGAGGAAGAAUCUUGUGCAAAAGUACGAGGAAGAGCAUGCAUACUUUAGUCACAGACUCGACAAGCUGUGUGACGAGAUUGUUAAGGCGGCUGGAAGCAAUCCCAAUGACGUACGCACGCAAUGUCGCAAUAUUGAGACUACGAUCCAGGCAAUGGAGCUGGCCAGUUGGCUAAGGGAUAUAUACGAACUGGAGCCUGUCGAUAGCGAUGACGAGCCUGCAAGCCCAGCCGACGAUGCUAGUAUGGCAUCAUUACCAAGACCCUCUGCUGUCGCAACCACUGCGAUUAUUAAUCUGGAUACAUCGCCCGAACCUUCAGAAACAGGAGGGGCGGUAGCGACCGUGAAAAAGCCUGGUCAAAAUGAGCUUGACCGUUCUAGGAAUUUAUUGACCCACCAGAGGCGGACAUUAACACCGGACUUCAUCCUUCGUGAUAUUGCUGGGAAUUCCUCGAGCCGCCAGAGGCAGUCGUUAUCACCCGAAUUGGCCAUUACCCAGAGUAUAGAGCCAAUAGUCAACGAGUACCGUCGUCCUCUUCAUCCCAAUGACCCUCGUUAUCCCAGUCACCCUCGACACACACCUAUUCUCCGAAGAUAUGGAGACGACCCUGAAAACGCUUCUAUCAAUUCGGUACGCCGCUGGAGAUGGGAAGACUUAAUUGAGCACCUUGAUCGCAAACGUAUCGUUUCCAAAACCGUCUUUGAAAUGGAUGGUAGCGAUCGCGAGUCGGUUCGCAUCCGUGUUCAGCUUAUUGACACGAUACACCUAUCAAGAGAAAUUGUAGCAUGCGUCGACAUGUUGUGGAGAGGAGAAUCAAAACUGCAGGGCGUACUCCCUCGAGAUGUGGCUAAGAUUACCCGCUUUACCAACCUAUUUCUGUCGUGGUGGUUCUGUAGGAACUACUUUGAUGAACCAAACGCAUCUACGGCAGAACUAGAAGAGCUCCAGUCUUGUUUGGCAGACGGAUCUGCCGGAGUAUCUACCUUCUGUGACUACCUUUAUAAAAUUAUGGAAACGACCUUUAGCGAACAAGCUCUACAGCACCCUGACCAACCGUCACAGGCAGAGAUAAUUGAGAUAUCGGACGACGACUGA